ACAUUUUGAUUAUCGUACGGUGUUUAUAAACAAAACAUCAAUUUCUUGUUUUCCUUCGAGAACCUGCAGUUUGUUUACACAAGUGAAAAUCAUAUUUACAUCAGGAUGAUACAUUGAAAAUCAGUUUAAUUCGUAUAUCUUAUGAAUGAUUUAUUUCACUUACACCAACUAAAUCUUUUACCUUAUUUAUUUUGGAAUUAGAACUGUGUUUCUUGAUUGUUGCUAAGAUUAUCGUAAGAACAGUGUUUUACUUCGGAUAUGGAGUAGCUUUCGGAUAUUUUGUACCUAUUGUCUCGGGAUGACAGAGAACUAGAGCAGCUAAUGACUGUAUAUUAAUUACUUACAUAUGACCUAGCUGCUGGUAGAGAACGGUAAAUUAAGAGUUAUUAGAGUGUCAGAGAAGAUGGGAGGGUCAUCAAGUCAUGCUAUAUCUCCAUUGCCAGUUGGCAAGACAAUCAUUAUAACAGGGGGCAAUACAGGGAUUGGAUAUGAAACAGCAAAGAGUAUUGCAAUGAUGGGUGGCAAUGUUAUACUGGCAGUAAGAACAGAAGAAAGAGGAAAAUCUGCUAUAUCUAAAAUGGAGGCAGAGUAUGAAGAGAAGAAGAGUAAGGGAGAUGUGUACGGUAUAGUGGAAAAGGAGAAAUUAGACGUACAGUAUCAUCUCUGUGAUAUGACCUCGCUGAAAUCUGUCAUGCAGUUCAUAGAAUGGUUCAAGUCAACAGGCCUUGUUUGCGAUGUGCUUAUAUGUAAUGCUUGUACAUAUUCCUUGAAGGAAGUUUUUACGGAUGAUAAAUGGGAGGCGACAUACCAGGUGAACUAUAUUGCCCACUUUCUGUUGGUAUCCCACCUCCUGCCAAUUAUAUGUCAGGCCGGGAAUGAAUGUCGUAUUGUUAUCAUUACAAGUGAGGUACAUCAGAAUGCUGUUUUUGAUCCAGAAUAUGCUGCAAACAGUAAAAUGAAGAAUUACAGUGGAUAUGACGCAUACGCUAAUUGUAAAUUAUUUCAAAUAAUGUUGAUGUAUAGUUUAGACAAAAUACUGGAGCACCACCCCAAGGUAGAUGUUCUAUGUGUUGAUCGAGGUAAACUUGACGCUCUUGUCUUCCCCAAUGAUCCUCAUUCCAGCGAGGGGUUCAACUGCCAUUUCUGCUGUAUGAAAUGCUGUGGGAAACUAAAACAUGAUGCAGAUGGAGCAGAGACAACAAUAUAUGCAGCACUUGAUCCCCACCUUGCAGGUCUCAGUAGAGGCUACUUUCUGAGAGCCAGAGACAAACCAAGAUGGCCAAGUAGGGAAGCUAGGAAUAAAGAGCUGCAGGAGUAUCUAUGGAAGCAUACAAUAGAGAACCUGAAUGAAUAUUUGGAUGGAGACAGCUUGAAAAUUCUUGGGGAACAUUAACAACAUCUUUAACAGAAAUUCAUCCGUUACAGUUACAGCUUUUGUUUACCAUUACUAUUUGGGUUGUUCUGAAGAUAAGCUUUUUGUUCAGACUGUGUAUAGUUUAAAUAAGUAGCAGCAUUCUUGUAGUGCCUUUUUACAUUGCCUAAGUAAAAUCAUGUACCGUAUGUAUUGAAAUGUACUUAACCUUUACCCUGCUAAAUUUCAAAAAUGGACUGGUUCAUCAUUCAAUUUGGGCAAUAUUUGAAGGAGUGUUCACAGAAAAUUUACUGACUGAAUAGCAAACAGUGCAGACCAAGAUCAGCCUGCACAUCCGGUCGCAAAGGCAGAAUCACUUGCUGACAGCAGGCUAAAGAUUAAUCUGCAUCUUAAUUAUACAUGUACUUAAAAUGAUUAUAUUGUUUUAGUUGUUUCAAGGUUUUCAUUAAGGAUAAUUUUAAGAUCGUAGGAUAUGUGUCCCAAGAGUGAUCUGUAUCAUUGAUGAGGAUUUUCAUGUUUUACAAAACUACAGACUUUCAUGUAAAAUUUAAAUGACUGUUUUUGGUAUGGCUUCCAAAUAUUUUUUAUAGACACUUUUUAUGACCUGCCACUUUUUCCUAAAACAUCAAGCUGCAAUGUCAUUGCAGCUAAGAGCAGGCAAUCACUUUUGCACAUACCUUUACAGAGUCUGAAAUACACAGGUACUAAUGGCCAGGAAUUAAAAUUAUCACAAGAACACCAUAAAUCUUCCUGCAAGCAUUGGCAGCAAUUUGAAUUCCUGGCCAUUAGUUCCUGUGUAUUUCAGACUGGAAGAUUUACUUGUAGAUGAAAUUUUGACAGAACUUAGAAAUUCAUAGACUUAGACAGAAUUUUGAGACAAGUGAGUUCAAGAUUACAGAAUUUGUCAAUACAUAGUUAUUUUUUAAUAGAAGUUGGAUUUAGUACCUUGUACGUACUACUCUGAGAAACAGUGUAGCUUUAUUAGGGAAUGCUUUCAACAAGGAUUUGGUCACAUUCUUUUGUGUAAAGUAGAUUCUUUCGUAUUUCUGAAGUUUGCAAAGGGUAUAAACAAGAUUUUUUGAGAAUCUCUUUUUAACAAGAUUUUUUACCUGUAUUUAUUUUGAGAUUACAUUUAUUUCAUGGGUAUGUUGAUUUAUUUAUUUUUUUAUCUAUUAGUUGUGAAGUUGCUUAUGUAUUGCAUUCUACAAUCUUUUUCUAAUUGUUUCAAGUUAUGCUUAUUAAUUAAUGUCUUCUUGUAGUGGGCAGACACAUUGAUUAUAAAGUCUUAUUGUCAUGACCCAGAUGUACCAAUUCUACAAGAGAUCUAACAUGAGAGAAACUGCCUUGACAUGUAUUAGUAUCUUUGUUUAUGUUAAAAUGAUAAAUUACUGCUGUAUUUUAGAGAUAGUGUGGUAGAUUAUGCUAUUGUUAUAUAACUAAAUUAAUGGUACAGAUUGUUGUAAAUCUGAAAGUUCAAGAAUUUUUUAUAACUGUACAGUCAUGUUUUUGUAGUUCCUCAGCUUAGUACAAAGUGCUCAGGUUGUGCUAUUGUGACCACUUGUUGUCCGUCCAUUCUGACUUUUAUUAAGCAACAUCUGCUUAAAAAAAACACUCUGCUAAUAGCAACCAAACUAUACAGGAAUGUUGCAUGGGUGGCCCUCUUAGUUGUUCAAAUCGUUCUGCUCAGCAGCACGUAGGGGCUACCAGAGCUAAAAGUACAAAAAUCUUCAAAUGUCAUCUUUUCUUAAAGCAUGGGUAAGAUUUUGAAAUAAUUUUAGAGAAAUGUUCCUUGGAUGACCCUUUGCUAAAGUUGUUAAAACAACCUUGAUUUGUCAAAAAAAAUGUGACUGCUGUGGACAAGUGUAGUUUCCCUUAUCUGACUCUAUGGUAAACUCCGUAUCGGGCCAGUUUUCAAACUAAUUUGGCAGAAAUGUUUCAGCUGUGCAACUCAGGUGAGCGAUUAAGGGCUGUUGUGACCCUCUUUUUUAUUGCAUGUUUUUCAGUGGAUAAAUGAAUGUAUCAAUAGAUUAUCACUUGAUAAAUUCACUUCUUACAAGAGAAAUGCAGGUACAAUGUAUACUGGUGUGGAAGUAGACUUGAACACAAAUGAAUAUGACAUAAAUAGUUGGAUAUUUUUAUUAAAACAUGCUUCAGUCAGUACAUCAAUGAACAUAAAUAUGCUAGCAUUAAACUGCUGUUAUAAUUAUUUUCAAGGGAUGUUUUAAUUAACAGGAACCCCUAUUGCUUUUCACACACCUUUUUAUAUAGGCAUGAUCUAAGGCAAAGUGCAAGGUUACUUGGCAAAACAUUCAUUUAAUUUAGCUGUCUAAAUGCUUUAUGUUGGAAUAUCAUUAAUACAUGUUUAUUUUUCUUUUGUUCCAAGAUCUGCAGACUCCCUCUGGAUCCUGUUGAGCACUAACUGGUCUCUCAGGAUUCUGCAGGUCUUAUAACACACAAAAAACAACAUGUGUGGUGUGUAAACAUAGAAAUAUAUGCCCAAGCUUACUAAAUUGUAAAAGAAACUUAAAUUUUGUCAAACCAUUUUCCAACAUAGCAUUGUGAUGUCAUGUAUUUACACGACAUUAUUAAGGACAUUUCCAGGGUGUGUGCAAGUGUGUUAAAACCAUUGAAAAAGCAUGAAAUGAAAAUUUGUACUACAUGUUAAAUCAAAUGAUCUUUCACUUGUAAAUACCAGUUUUAAAUGUUCAGUGUGAAAAUAUUGCAUCUGGUGUUCACAUGUUGGAAUGUAUUUUUGAUCUUACACUGAAAUAGACUGCUUUUAGACAAUCAAGUUUCCAAAACUAAACUGUUGCUUACUUACUAUCAUACAUUCUAUAUUAUACUUGUAGAUUAUGUGUGUUUUUUAGCUCACCUGUCACAAAGUGACAAGGUGAGCUUUUGUGAUCGCGCAGUGUCCGUCGUCCGUCCGUGCGUCCGUGCAUCCGUAAACUUUUUGCUUGUGACCACUCUAGAGGUCACAUUUUUCAUGGGAUCUUUAUGAAAAUUGGUCAGAAUGUUCAUCUUGAUGAUAUCUAGGUCAAGUUCGAAACUGGGUUACGUGUGGUCAAUAACUAGGUCAGUAGGUCUAAAAAUAGAAAAACCUUGUGACCACUCUAGAGGUCACAUUUUUUAUGGGAUCUUCAUGAAAGUUGGUCAGAAUGUUCAUCUUGAUGAUAUUUAGGUCAAGUUCGAAACUGGGUCACGUGCAGUCAAAAACUAGGUCAGUAGGUCUAUAAAUAGAAAAACCUUGUGACCACUCUAGAGGUCACAUUUUUCAUGGGAUCUUCAUGAAAGUUUGUCAGAAUGUUCAUCUUGAUGAUAUCUAGGUCAAGUUCGAAACUGGGUCACGUGCGUUCAAAAACUAGGUCAGUAGGUCUAAAAAUAGAAAAACCUUGUGACCACUCUAGAGGUCACAUUUUUCAUGGGAUCUUCAUGAAAGUUUGUCAGAAUGUUCAUCUUGAUGAUAUCUAGGUCAAGUUCGAAACUGGGUCACAUGCGGUCAAAAACUAGGUCAGUAGGUCUAAAAAUAGAAAAACCUUGUGACCACUCUAGAGGUCAUAUUUCUUGGGAUCUUCAUGAAAAUUGGUCAGAAUGUUCACCUUGAUGAUAUCUAGGUCAAGUUCGAAACUGUUUCACGUGCAGUCAAAAACUAGGUCAGUAGGUCUAAAAAUAGAAAAACCUUGUGACCACUCUAGAGGUCACAUUUUUCAUGGGAUCUUUAUGAAAGUUGGUCAGAAUGUUCAUCUUGAUAAUAUCUAGGUCAAGUUCGAAACUGGGUCACGUGCCUUCAAAAACUAGGUCAGUAGGUCUAAAAAUAGAAAAACCUUGUGACCACUCUAGAGGUCACAGUUUUCAUGGGAUCUUCAUGAAAGUUGGUCAGAAUGUUCAUCUUGAUGAUAUCUAGGUCAAGGUCGAAACAGGGUCACGUGCCUUCAAAAACUAGGUCAGUAGGUCUAAAAAUAGAAAAACCUUGUGACCACUCUAGAGGUCACAUUUUUCAUGGGAUCUUCAUGAAAGAUGGUCAGAAUGUUCAUCUUGAUGAUAUCUAGGUCAAGUUCGAAACUGGGUUACGUGCGGUCAAAAACUAGGUCAGUAGGUCUAAAAAUAGAAAAACCUUGUGACCACUCUAGAGGUCACAUUUUUCAUGGGAUCUUCAUGAAAGUUGGUCAGAAUGUUCACCUUGAUAAUAUCUAGGUCAAGUUCGAAACUGUUUCAUGUGCAGUCAAAAACUAGGUCAGUAGGUCUAAAAAUAGAAAAACCUUGUGACCUCUCUAGAGGCCAUAUAUUUUAAAAGAUCUUCAUGAAAAUUGGUCAGAACGUUCACCUUGAUGAUAUCUAGGUCAAGUUCGAAACUCGGUCACAUGCCAUCAAAAACUAGGUCAGUAGGUCAAAUAAUAGAAAAACCUUGUGACCUCUCUAAAGGCCAUAUUUUUCAUGGGAUCUGUAUGAAAGUUGGUCUGAAUGUUCAUCUUGAUGAUAUCUAGGUCAAGUUCGAAACUGGGUCACUUGCCAUCAAAAACUAGGUCAGUAGGUCAGAUAAUAUAAAAACCUUGUGACCUCUCUAAAGGCCAUAUUUUUUAUUGGAUCUGUAUGAAAAUUGGUCUGAAUGUUCAUCUUGAUAAUAUCUAGGUCAAGUUCGAAACAGGGUCAUGUGCGGUCAAAAACUAGGUCAGUAGGUCUAAAAAUAGAAAAACCUUGUGACCUCUCUAGAGGUCAUACUUAUGAAUGGAUCUCCAUAAAAAUUGGUCAGAAUGUUCACCUUGAUGUUAUCUAGUUCAAGUUUGAAACUGGGUCACGUGCCAUAAAAAACUAGGUCAGUAGGUCAAAUAAUAAAAAACCUUGUGACCUCUCUAGAGGCCAUACUUUUCAUGGGAUCUGUAUGAAAGUUGGUCUGAAUGUUCAUCUUGAUGAUAUCUAGCAAGUCAAGUUUGAAACUGAAUCAACUGCGGUCAAAAACUAGGUCAGUAGGUCUAAAAUUAUUAAAGUCUUUUGACCUCUCUAGAGGCCAUAUUUUUCAAUGGAUCUUCAUGAAAAUUGAUCUGAAUGUUCACCUUGAUAAUAUCUAGGUCAGUUUCGAAACUGGGUCAUGUGCGGUCAAAAACUAGGCCAGUAGGUAUAAAAAUAGAAAAACCUUGUGACCUCUCUAGAGGCCAUAUUUUUCAUGAGAUCUUCAUGAAAAUUAGUGAGAAUGUUCACCUUGAUGAUAUCAAGAUAAAGUUCAAAACAGGGUCACGUACCUUCGAAAACUAGGUCAAUAGAUGAAAUAAUAGAAAAACCUAGAGACCAUAUUUUUCAAUGGAUCUUCAUGAAAAUUGGUCAGAAUUUUUAUCUUGAUAAUAUCUAGGUCAAGUUCAAAACUGGGUCACAUGAGCUCAAAAACUAGGUCACUAUGUCAAAUAAUAGAAAAAACGAUGUGAUACUCAAAACUGGGUCAUGUGGGAAGAGGUGAGCGAUUCAGGGCCAUCAUGGUCCUCUUGUUAAUUGUUGUUGUAUUGUACUAUCAUUCUACUGUGCAGUAUUAUUUAUCUUAAUACCUUUAUUUUGAUACUAAGUCUUGUUUUAUUUUCCAAAGUGCAUUUAAUAGUAAUACUUUCUACGUGUGAUUUGGUUGCUUACUUUUUGUCAGCCAUGUACUCCUGUGAUUUGGUUGUGAACUUUUUGUCAGCGCUGUACACCUGUGAUUUGUUUGCGAACUUUUUGUCAGCCAUUUAUUCCUGUGAUUUGGUUGUGAUCUGUUUGUAAGCCAUUUACACGUGAACUUUUUGUCAGCCAUGUACACGUGUGAUUUGGUUGUUCACUUUUUGUCAGCCUUGUACACCUGUGAUAUUUUUGCACACUCCUUGUAUUGCCUUUUUGACUCAGUUUUAUUUAUGUAUCAUUGUAACCAUAAAAACUAUUGCAUAUACUAAUACAUUGCAUGUUUAUACACUUUAUACAACUAAUUAUUUGUAAUCAAUUUUAUGUUAAGUUUUAUAAUACGUCACUAGAAAGGUAAUAUAAAGUACUAGUAACUUUUUAGAUCUAGCUUCAUCCUUUGAAAGAUAAAUUGUUUUUUUACAUGGAUGUACAUGUAUGGCCCUCAAAAAAACAUAAUGAGCUCAGUAUCUUACAUUUUAACUUAAAAAAAGGAUAACUACACAACCGGAAGCCAUAUAUGCUCAAGGUCAAGUCAUCAUACUUUUUAACCCUGAAGCAUUUUCUUUAAAAAAUGUUUAUGUAUUACAAUUGACAUGAUGUUCAGGGCAUAACUUUCAAGCAUGUCAAUUUAAGGCGAACUAAUUAUCCGCUAUGCCUGGUAUUGGGGCUAAGCAUAGUUCGGGAGGUUUUCGUAGGGGACGGGACAUAUCUUUUAGUGUAAAAACUGUCUGAAAAUGUUAGACUAAAUUUUAAAAUUCUUAAACCACCUGUUGUAUUUAUUCUGGUCAAGCUUUGUCUCUAUUUAUGUAAAAUGACAUGUCAGUUUUUUUCUGAAUUUUGAAACUUAUAAACUGUAAACAAAAUGUAUAAAAAGAUGAUUCAGUGUAUUAUAGAGUAUUUUUUUUAUAAAAAAACAUGCAUGUACUUAGUGAAAUACAAGGAAAAUCCCUCUUAACCUUUACCCUGUUAAAUGGACUUGUCCGUCAGUGCCACUUCUUAUUGUAAGUGUUCACUGAAAAUUUACUGACUGAAUAGCGAACAGUGCAGACCAUGAUCAGCCUGCACGGUCGCAAAGGCAAAUCCACUUGCCGCCGGCAGGCUAAAGGUUAAUGAGCAAGUCAUGCUUUUAAAAUUAGUAAGUAUUAGCUGUAUUUUAAGUCAUACUCAUUAAAUAUAUAUAUUUUAAAAAGACUAAUUCUCUUAGAUGUUUUGAAUGAAACAUGGAUAUAGAGGAGAGAACCUUUAACUUACAAUGUUCAUUGUUUGUUAUAACUUCAGUUUUGAAUGUUUUAGCAGGUUAUGAUCUGUUACCAUCAAGCAAAUUAUCAACUUUUUUUGCAAAUUUAAAAUUGCUGUUUUUAAGUUCAAAAGCAUAGAUUGAUAUAUUUUGUACAAGUUUUAAUGCAUAUAAAACAAUGUGUAAAGUAAGGUGAAGUACAUGUUUUGUAUUGAGUAGGUCAUUCUUAACACUACCAAACAUUUUAAACUACUCUGUUUUAUAUGCAUGUAGGUACAAUCUAAUUCUCCUUAUGCAGAUGAUAAUAAAAAUUUCCGUCCAGUUUUAUGAUAUUAUAUAGCGGAAUGUUGUGUUUAAAAAUAAAAACUUUUAACUUGC